UUUUUUCAUGUUAGAGCAAUAGCCCCUCCAAAUGUCUGUGGACGUGCCUAGGGGGGAUAGAUGGGGGGCUGCAGUGUGAAGGGAAACUCCAUGCAAUGUUAUACUUUCGUUUUCACAUCCUAUAAAUGUUUGCUCUUUUUAGCCACAUUUAUAACCCCAGCCUCUGUGAUCUUCCAAACUUCCUCCUAAAGAUGGAGCACGUGAUCCUUGGAUUCAUGAUGGUGCACAGCAUCACAGCAUCAGCGUUCUCCCUGAACUUGUCUUCGCUUAAACCGGUGACCCGCACCGGGGACCGGUUUGUUCUGGAGUGCAGAGCGACAGGGUGCGCGGCGGCCGUUUCGUUCAGCUGGAGAUCUUUAAAAGACGUACCGCUCGACGGGAAAAUCGAGAACAACGGCUCCGUGUCCCGCCUGAUAUUCGACCCAGUUAAGAUGGCCCUCAAAAACCGCAGAGUUGUCUGUUCAGCCACCUGUGACGGCAAACCUCUUCAAAAAGAUACCAAAGUGAUUGUGUAUUCCUUGGAGCAGCCCAAGAUAUCAGGCACCGGCGACAUGGUCGUGGGUCAGGAAUCCGUGUUGACGUGCACGAUACCGGAGGUGUUCCCGGCCAACGUUCUGACGGUGCAGUGGCUCCUUAACGACCGCGUAGUCAAGGAGGAGUGGUUUUCGACCUCCAAGGCACUGGAUCUGGAACGAGUCAAGUCACAGUACGCACACACACCCACGGAGGAGGACCAGGGACGCACGCUGACUUGCAAUGCGACGCUGAACCAAACGGUGGACCCCUGGAGUCGCGAGACCAGCUUUGUCAUGGCAAUGCGAUCAACACCAGAACCAACAGCAACACCAAAACCAACAACAACACCAGAACCAACAACAACAACACCAGAACCAACAGCAACACCAGAACCAACAGCAACACCAGAACCAACAGCUAGACAACUACCAGAACCAAGAGCAACACAAGUACCAGAACCAAUGUCCGCUGUCCUGCCUGUCCUGUCUAUCCUGUCUGUCCUGGGCUCUAUCACCCUGGUGACGACUGGGGGGGUCCUUGCCAGGAACUUCUGGAGAUCCAAGACAACCUACGACCUUUCUGUUCCCGUCUAGGGGAACACCCCCGCACGGGCAGGAUGGUCCCAGCCGGCUGACUGCACUGAAACACUGGGAUGCUGGACUAAUCCAACUAGUGCUGACAUGGAGGGGUGCCGCCCCAGCCUCGCCAAGACCAUGACCGCCACUCCCACACUGGGCUGGUCGGGAGCAGGUUGUUAUACUUCCUGUUCCUUCACUUCUUGGUUUUCCCCCAAACAAAGACAGCCACUUGAUUAAACAAGCCACUUCCUCAGAUUAAAGCUGAAGUAUUUCCUCUUUGGGCACAUCUUGACUGUAUAUUUAGAAGUACAUGACAACCGUGCACUGAACUCGAAACUUGACUUCAACAGCUGGAGAACACUUCGCAAAAGUUAUAACAGUAUUUUUUGUCACUGUGUAGAGCUCUGGUAGAGAAUGUGGAUAUUAUCCUAAUUUUAAUAUAAAUAUACAGUAUAUUUCACCUGUCAAAGACAUAACAUUUAUGUGAAAGACACAUUUAAUCAAUACAGAACAUUUCCAUCAGAAAAAUUAAACUGGAGAUUCAAGCAAC